UGUGUGUGUGUGUGUGCGCGUGUCCGUGCACGCUGCAUACCAAGUGAGAAAGUCGGUCACAAAAGAAAGCAUUGAAACAUUGCGUGCACGCGGUCGGUCCCUCCAUGUUUUUCUUUCAUGGCUGUGCAGCUGAUCUUUGAACCUGAUCUCCCUCCGAUAGUCCUGAUCGAUCACCCAGAGCACGCCACAGCAGCUGCCACUCCUGAGAAGUUAACCAGGCCAGGCUGAAAGAAAAGAGUAACAGAAGGAGAAACCUGACUAGUGUUCCGACCGUGCCAUGGACCUGAUUCUGGACUGCGUUCUAACUCCACGGAUACCAUGACUUCUGAGUAAAAAGGAACAGAAGUAGCAGAUUUUUUCUUCUUCAAUUCAACAGAAAAAAAAAACCUAAUAACAGACAUGUUGAACUUAAGCUGUUUUAUUACGUGCCUUUUAGUUUUAAUCCCAAAGUCUCAGAGUAUACAUGUGGUUGACCGGGAUGGACAAGUAUUCCUAGAGAAUAUUUUACGAUAUUAUGGUCGAAAUAAUUCAAUUUCACCGGAGCAUCUGGAGGAUUUGCUGCUGUUAAUGUCAAGCAGAAGAUCUGAGGCAAUACAUGAAGGAAAUCCACUGGAAGACCAAGAGUGUUCCUCAUCGGAGCAGAUCUUGGCCCACUUUGGGUUGAGUAAUGUCAGCAGGUUGAAUGUGGGACAUCUGGAGAGGAUCUGCCCCGCUGUGUUGACCCAGGUGCUGCUGCCCUCCUGCCCCUACACCACGUCCAAAGCUCUGCCGGCCCUCGACUACUCUGUGUGGGGUUAUGGGUUUCUGGCGGUCACUGUGAUCAACCUGGCGUCCCUGCUCGGCCUCCUCCUGAUUCCCUUCACCAAGAAGGAUUAUUUCCCCAAAGUGCUGACCUACUUCAUCAGCCUCGCCAUCGGGACCCUGUUCUCCAACGCCGUGCUGCAGCUCAUACCUGAGGCUCUGGGUUUUGAUCCCAAAGUGGAUAACUAUGUGGAGAAUGCAGUUGGAAUAUUUGGAGGGUUUUAUAUCCUCUUCUUUAUGGAGAAGAUGUUAAAAAUGGCUCUCAGGGUGGAUAUUGAGCAUGGCCACAGCCACUUCACUCCUGCAGAGCCACAUCAAGAAAACUCCCUCCACAACGGAGACUUACUGGAGAAGAAGGACUCUAUCGUUUUGACGAGCAUCAGCACCAUCGCCACAGACAAGAGCAGCCCGAUCCCAGAACCUCCGCACGCACAUGUGACACCUCCCCAGGACAUCCAGGUGUCGGAUGUGAUGUGCCACUGGCUGCGUGGGCAACGCGUCUCCAGCAUCAAGACGGUGGCGUGGAUGAUAACUCUGAGCGACGCGUUGCACAACUUCAUAGAUGGUCUGGCCAUCGGCGCGUCCUUCACGGUGUCGGUCCUGGCGGGGUUCAGCACGUCCACCGCCAUCGUAUGUGAGGAGUUUCCCCACGAGCUGGGUGACUUUGUUAUCCUGCUGAAUGCUGGUAUGAGCGUCCCUCAAGCCAUUUUCUUCAACCUGCUGUCUGCAGUGUCGUGUUACGUCGGCCUCGUGUUUGGAAUCCUGCUCGGGAGCAACUUUGCCCCCAACGCAAUCUUUGCCAUCGCAGGAGGAAUGUUUCUGUACAUUGCACUGGCCGACAUGUUUCCAGAGAUGGACAGCAUAUUACGGGAACAGAAGCGGACUUCCACCAAGAUCAUCUUCUUCCUGAUCCAGAACGCAGGGCUGCUCACCGGGUUCACCAUCAUCCUGCUGAUCACCAUGUUUGCAGGGGACAUCAACCUGGGCUAGAGGGGAGGGAGACCAAAACUGGAGCGAAAAAUAGAAGAAUAAGCUGCUUUUGUUUCUGCUCAGUCAGCUGGGCAGGAAAGUGUAUGUAACGUGAACGUUUUGUACAAACAAAACUAAAAUGUCUAAAGGAGAAAUAAUGCUUUUAUAUCUUUUGACUAUCAAGUUAGUGGGACGUUUAGUCCAUAAAAGGGAAAAUCUUUACAAUCAUUUGAUGUAUGAACUCUAGUCAAAUUGUGUUUUGAAGAGACAAUAAAUUAUUUUUUCAGUCUUCA